UUAUAAAAAAUUAGUUCCUUUUUGUAUGCCAUUUCUUUUGACUUCUCUAAUGGAGUCUUGGAGGGAAAGUGCCAUGUGGUAACCUGCUAUCCCUGCACAUGGCCUCCCUAACUUCUAAGCCAUUGGAGUUCAGAAAUCUAUACCCACACCUUUGAUUCUCCCAAGAGAAUCGGAGGCAUUAAAAAAGGACCAGAUGUUGUUAGUGUCUCAGGUGUGGGGAAGAGUAAAAUGUCAAAAGGAAAAGAAAAAAAAAGAAACCAUUUUUUGCGGAGCAAUGGGGAAGGUGAAGAAAGUAAACAAGCCCAACAAUUUCAAUGCACUUCCAAAGAGAAAUAGAGCCCACCUAUUUACAGAUUUUCCUGUUGGUGUUCUGGUUACGUCCGCUGCUGCAUCCCACAUGUGUUGAAUAAGAGAAGGAAGAAGAAGAAAAGGAGGAACAAAGGAGCAGCUGAGAGUUGUGACUCCAGAUGGUUUCUUCUUGUCCUCUUGUCUGUAGCAACACCUGUUAAGAGUUCUUUGCGACUUUCCUCUACCUGGUUUAAUAAAAUUUCUACCAUUCUCUACUUCUCAUGGUAGAAACAAGUGAUCACCACAUGGGUCCUUUUUUCCACAAUCAUCCUAAAGUGUUCCUGGCACUCUCUCUCCUCCUCAUCUUUUCUAGCUAUCACAGUAAUCCCUUCUCUUCAGCAUUUCUCACUUUGUUCAUCUUGGCUUUCUCCGCCUCUUUCCCGUUUUUCCUUGCUAAGUUGAGACAAUUUUGCAAGCCCAACACUAUGGAGAGGCCACCAGAACUAGAGGCUGGUCUGCAGAUUCUGCCCAUACAUGAGAUUCUUGAGGAAAAUAAGGCAACCCAAGAAGAAGCAGGCAAGUUUCCACAAGACGAAUUGGUCACCAAGUCAACAGGCCCAUCAUUGGAAUAUGAAGACAUAAGUGGAGGUGAGACUGAUGGUCAUGCAUUGUUAAAUGGUUCAGUUUGCAGGGACAAAGAUGUGUUGGAAAAUCCAAGUCCAUCAGAAUGCUUCAAAUUUUCACUCUGCGAUGAUGAGCCUUUGCCAAAGAAUUCGCAUCAAUUGAAGGAAUUCUCUGAAGGUUCGAUAUCGGAUGAUGACAACCUCAUUGAGAUUGAGAUUCCCCACGGGAAUUAUGUAGUUACAGAGGAGUCAAAUUCACAGUUAAAGCCAGAGCUGAGAGGAGGUUUCCUACUGGACUUCUUACCAGAAACAGUGUGCAGGCAACAUGGGCUAAUGGAGCUAUUAUCAGAGAUUAAUGAGGAAGACAAUUUAAUUGAGAUCGACAUCGCUAGGGGCUCCAUCAAAUGUUCAAGGGUAGGAAUUAAGGCAUGAACUAGGGAUUGAUGCACCGAGGAGCACAAGACAUUUCCAAGAAACUAUCCACAAUUUCUUUUUGGAAGGGGACAGGCAGGGUGGCAAGGGGAGUGCUAAUGGUUGCAUCUACUAUAUCCUAAGGUCGUUUUGUUAUCUCCAACAUUCAUGCUCCAUCUAUUAUCUGUAUUCUGUUAUGGUAAAAAAGAUAAGUGAUGCACAUCAAAAAAAAAAUCAAAAACUUGGGUAGCAACACUCCUAUGCCAGCCAAGAGCUCAAGCUAGCACAAAAUUCUCAACAAAAGUUGGACAGUGGUUUGGGGUUUUCCCUUUGAUGUUUAUUGUGAUCUUUCAUCCUACUGUAAAGAAUG